AAUGGAGGUUCCCACACAAACGGCCUUUUGGCCACUUGGUGCCUCUAUCACUCUCUAUGGUCUGACUGCAAGAAGAGCACUUGGCACUACCUUCAGUCUACACGGAGCGCCACGGAAGCAUGCUUGUAGCACUUUUGCGCUGAUAUUCUAGCAAAGGAGACCGGAGGAAGGCUAAUUCGAGUGGAUGAUACCAGUAAAAAAAAUGUUUGAUCGGUAAUGUUCUUUCAAGAUCUCGGGGUUGAUCUAUAUAAUCAUUUGGACGUGACCCCUGUAUUGUCAUUUUGACGUAAAGUAUUUUGAAAUGGAUUGGAACCUUACCAGACCUUGGAAUUAGUUCUACCCGGCUCGAAUUACUGUUGGUGUUACGUGUUUUACCUAAGCCCUGACCUCACCCUUUGUGCGACUGGAACAGGUGUUUUUUCUCACCACCCACCUGGAAGUGGUAUGGGGAACCAAGUAGAAAAACUGACACAUCUGAGUUAUGACAAUGUUCCGACUGCUGACCCGAAUGGGUUUGAUCCGGAGGAUGACUUGGGUCCGCGGAUCGGAGUGUCUUAUAUCUUCUCCAACGACGACGACGAACAAGAUGAACGUAUUGAAGAACCCGACAAGGACCAGAACGAGGAAGAGAAACAAUACGACAAUAGCAACGAGCUGGAGUGUGUUGUAUACUACCGGGACGAAUCUGUGUACGAGAAAACCCUAAAACACUCUGAUAUGAUCACAUAUACUUCCGAUAAUCUUUUGAAGAAAUGCAAAACAGGGGAUUUGGUAGAGUUUGUGUCUACAGGCCAAUAUCCUCACUGGGCAGUGUACGUAGGCGACUUUCAGGUAGUUCACCUUCACCGGGCUGAAAUAAAGAACAGUUUACUGACUGUUGCUAGUCAGGGGAGGAGAGGCAGAAUAGUGAACGAGUUGUAUAAAUUCCGCGCACUGCCACCGGAGGUGGUGGUGCAACACGCGAUGGGACAAGUUGGAGUGCGAGAUGGAGAGCUGUACUGGAGAAACUCAGAGUGCUUCGCCGCGUGGUGUAAGUUCGGGAAGAGAGAAUUCAAAAUAGGAGGGGAGCUCCGCAUCGGUAAGCAGCCCUACCGGUUAAAACUACUGUUUUCUGAAAAGAAGAGCCACGUCCUGGAAUUUCAGAGUUUUGACGACCUGAUCAUGGAGAAGCGAAGAAACGACCAGAUAGGCAAAGAUGCGGUGAUACAAGAGCUUGCUAAUCAUCUGAACUCUAGCGAUGCUGAAAUUAAGGAAGAGCGCCAUCACAAUGCUAACCGCGCACAGUGAAUGUUUAAUUGACUGAAACGUAGCUGUUGGCAAUGUCAAGUAGAGGACUGGAGUAGCAUUCGGCUCUCGGAUUUAUUACAUGACUAGAACAUCGUUGGUAAUCCUGUUUUUCAUGCGACGCAUUGCGCAUUACGCAUACCAAAUCAUUUCUAUUGGUUGGAGAUGAAGUUUAGCCUAGUUGAAAUAUACCAAUGAAGAGUGUUUAAUUUGGAACACUUUAUACUUGUUAUAAAACCGAAACAUUUAAACACAACAAUAUCUAACCUAUGGUAGUCCUAUGGACCUGUCACUGCGGGUUUUCUAAGAAUCUGAAGAGGAUCAAUGCUUUACCUUUAGUCGUUUUUUGAAGAUAUUUGCUUAAAGCUCCUGUACGAAAACUCAGGUGUUGGAGACCAAUGGAAGAGACAUGGACGAUAAAUACGUCAUCCAUUGAUAAUAGUACCAUCGAUAUAAUUUUAUUUACUCUCUGAAAUCCGAAUCAUUAUUCCGUAUCAGAACUUUGUCCAUUCUCUUUUGUACCUUUUUGACUUGCUAUUGUAUUUACAACCACCACUUUGUAUAUCCCAAGUUGCACUAUAUUCGCUAUGUACUUAACUUCUUUUGAACAGAAUUAUCUGGCCAUUGGGCUUGUCAAAAGUAGUGCUAUAUAGAGAGUGGAGAGCCAUUUGGGACUCUGACUGACAGCACUUUAUUUGAGUAAAUAAUUGAUUAAUGGGUUUUAACCAUUUAUUUUUGGAUUUGAAUGUUUGUAUGAGGAAAUAUUGAAAUAAAUAUAUUUAACCUAAA